GUGCAUACGGACCCUAGUUCAAGUUGCCCCUGAAGCACUCACUCACCAUUACCUUGCUAACACUCGAACAGAACCCAACUCAAGACAAGAGGCGCUAUGGUGUACAAAAUAGGCGGAUAUGUUUUUACCGUCGAGUUUGCGCACCUCUGGAUGAAGAAAAUGGGAGUUGACUACGACCUUCUUGAUGAUACGGGUAUGAGUGGUGAACUAAACAGGUGGUUUGCCAGGCGAGAGAUGACAGGUGUCUGGGCUUUUCCCACCUGCUAUCCUCCAAAGAGUCGGAAACUUGUUAUUGUCAUUGCGCGAAAGUUUAGAGAGGAUCCCUAUUCAACUCCAUUCAGGUAUUCUGUUUAUGAAGAGGAACCUGGAGACUACGAAUGGAAAAAGCGGAUGAUGGAAGAGAGUGGAUUGACUGAUGAACAAAUUCCGUGGGCUACUAUUGCAGACCCUUUUUUUGAACAAAGUUAUGGUUGAUUCGGACAAGCUUCCUUGUCUUGUCCCUGCUCUCAAUAAUUGCAGACUUUCUUUCGACGAUAUACUAGCCAUAUCAGGUAUAAUACAACAAGUAAACCAAUACGAUAUGUCAUGCCAUACACUCUUCUGCUUCCGCUGCCUUCGCCGAUUGA